AUGUCCAUCACCGCGGCCGCGGCCGCCGCCUCCGCCGCCCUCCCUCCACUCCCUACAGCCCCCUCCCCCUACCUCUGCAUCGGUGACGAGACCUAUCCCACCACCUGCUCAAUCCGCCAGAGCCUCAUCGCCAACGGCAGCUGCGCUUCCUACAACCAGCUCCAAUACUGCUGCAACGGCGGCAUCAUCAAGCCCUGUGGCCGCUCUUCGUCGCCAACGCGAAGAACAUAUCUCGAGGGGCAGCAGGAGAUCCCGCUGGCUGAGGCGAUUAAUGGAGACAGUGAUGGGUGGAGAGAGAGUGUUGUGACGAGUUGGACGGAUACUUAUGGUCUUGAGGUGGAGCCCGUGUGUAUCUGGAUGGCAAAAAGCGUAGAAGGGGGCAGCGCGUCAUUGCCGCUGAGCGGGAAGGGGUGUACAAAGGCGGUCUUGUCGACGACUAUGAGCAGCGACAUUUUUACGACGAGCGAGUUGAGUGGCACUUCCUCGACUGCCCCAGGCGGACGUGUUAUUUCAGCGAGCGCAUCUUAUUCAUCGACUGUAAGCAUCACAGGAUCAAGCUUCGUGGUGGCCUCGAGAUCGCAGCUGCAAUCACCAUCUCUAACCUCCACUUCAGGCGGAGACAGAAGUAUCGUUCCUGUCUGGUUUAUAGCAUGUCUUUUCAUGUCUCAUAGUUUGUUAAAUUAA